UUUCGAUGAAGAAGAAAAGAAACCCAAUGGAAUUCGUCCUCAGUUCAUUAGUCUGCUGUGCCUGUCUGCUAGCAAAACAACACUUUUAGUCGUUAAUAUUCAAGUGUGUGUACCUCAUGAGUAUCAGAGAAUGUCUACCCGGGCUCUUCGAAGGCUUAAAGGGAAACAGCGAGGCCAGGAGGCGUUAGACUUGGGGGAUCUAACUUUGGGUGACACCCCGGAGGAACAGGCUGAGGCUGAGGCUGAAGAGGAGCAGUUGGACGCGGCUAACGUUUCUCCUUCCAACAAGAAAAGUGACGGCCGAAAGGCAAAGAAAAGCAAGGCUCAGAAAAAUUUCAGCAACAUUUACGAGUUGAUCGGUAGUGCAGACAUCGAAGGAGAAAAAAUUUCAGCUGAUGAAGAGGCAGAGAAACCAAACAGAAACAAAACAAGCGACCCAGCAAAGAAUGACAAUAGAGACACAGAUAAACUGGAUCAAAAGCACGAGGAAGAGUUAGCCAAGCCCCCUGGAGACAGAGUUAAAAAGAAGAAGAAGAAGAAAAAGACAAAAGUGACAUCAGAAGAUGGACAGGAGGCUGCAGCAGAUGAUAACAUUGAUUUAUUGCUGGAAAACUUGGAGCAGUCUAACGGUCUGAGUUUGCAAAAUGACGAUUCUGGAGUGUCAGACAGAAGACCUGUGCUUCAUGUGGAGCACAGGAAUCUCAACUCUGAGACGGAGCUGAAGAGAUAUUUUGGGGCUCGAGCUGUUCUAGGGGAUCAAAGGCCUCGACAGAGAAACAGACAGUUUCACCGUAGCACUUGGAUGACCAGUCCAAAGGACAGCUGGCCUCGCUUCAGCCGCCCAGGAAUCUCAAUGACCUUACUGGAGACAAAGGACGGCGUUCAUUACUUCACGUUUGAGCACAGUCGGGAAUACCAACAAGUACAGUUCAAGUUCCUGGAUGCCGUGGAGUCCAUGGAUCCCAACAACAUUGUGGCCCUGCUUCAGCUUAACCCCUACCACAUCGAUUCCUUGCUGCAACUUUCUGAUGUCUGUCGCAUACAAGAAGACCAGGAGAUGGCUAGGGACCUUAUUGAGCGAGCUUUGUAUAGCUUUGAGUGUGCUUUUCAUCCUUUAUUCAGUCUGACGUCGGGCACCAGCAGACUGGAUUAUCUGAGACCAGAAAACAGAGCAUUUUAUCUGGCUCUGUAUAAGCACAUGAUGUUCCUGGAGAAGAGAGGAUGCCCAAGGACAGCUUUGGAGUACUGCAAACUUAUCCUGAGUUUGGACCCGGACUCUGACCCUCUUUGCAUGCUGCUGCUCAUUGAUUUCUUGGCACUUCGUUCCAGAGAGUACCAAUCCGUCCUUCAGUUAUAUCAGGACUGGGAGGAGCACAGAAAUCUGUCUCAGCUGCCAAACUUUGCAUUCUCCACUGCCCUUUGUCAUUUUCAUCUAAGUCAGCAGGAAAAUAUGGACCCUGAAGAAAGUCACAAACAAAGGCACAAAGCCGACCAGCUGCUGCAGAUUGCCCUCAUCAUGUUCCCUGCAGUCUUGAUGCCUUUACUGGAUCUGUGUACUGUGCAGCCAGAUGCCGCAGUCACCUCCCAUAGCUUCUUUGGUCCAAAUAGUCAGAUAAGGCAGCUGCCAGCUCUGGCUGAACUGACAAGUCUGUAUGUGGGGAGAACUUACACUCUGUGGAGGGAGGCUGCAGUAAUGCUUUGGCUGGAAGAGACGGUGAAAGAAGUGCUGCGACGAGUUGAUGCCAAAGACCCUGUAGUGGAGGACUGCCAAAACAAGAGAAAGCAGAGGUACCAAAGUGCACCAAGGAACAUCCAUCGCCAUGUCCUACUCUCUGAGGUCAAAGAAGCCACCUCAACUCUGCCUCUGGAGGUGACCACUCAGCCUGUGAUGGGGUUUGAUCCUUUGCCCCCACUCGACUCAGUGAUAUCAUAUACACGACCAGAAAGGCAGCGUGUUGGUGCAUCCAAUGAGAGUACACUCUCACUGUUUUUCCGGUCAUUGCUGCCAAACUUUAACAUUCAGGAUCCACCGAGGCAGGAAGAUGACAUGGAAGUGGCUCGAGCUGGUCAGGAGCUGAACCAGGAAGUAAAUCGCCUAAUGGUGGCAAUGAGGGACAUGCUGGCAAAUAUCCGGUUUCAGGAGCCACCAAGAGAAGACAACCCCUACAGAGAUGAUGAUGAAUGGGACUGAAAGAGGAGAUAGAGGUGGACUAAGUGAUGGAUGAAGAGGAAUAAAACUGAAAAACUGAAGAAAAAAAAAAGUGAUGUUAAUAAUUACAAGGAAAAUAAGUUGGACAGCUGGAUAUUAUUUUGUUGUCAUAAUUUCAGAAUAUUAGACUGAUUUUAAAAAACAAACAUAAAUACUACUGGGGUAAUGUAGAUGGAUGUGAACCUGGCAAACUUUGUUCCAAGCUCAGAAAGCAGAUUGUUAGUUGGACCUGUCAUGUUGCCAAGGUUAAGUGUAUUAUUUAUAAUUAUUAGUUCCAUAAUCAAUCUCCAAGCAUUGUCAGGUCAGCAGCACUAACGGAUAAUAAGUCCUGCUUUUCUUCCUCUGGUUUCUGGCUUUCUGAGAGUUUUUCAUUUUCUCUCAUAAACACCUGCAGUGGAAGCUUUACGAAGCUAGAGUGAGAUUCCUGUAGUCUCAUUCUGAGUGCAAGUUCUAAAGCAAACUGCUGCUUAUCUGCACUUUAAUACAUAUACACAGAAUCAUAAAUUUUUUAUUCUCAUUGAUUUGAUUACUCCCAAUAAAAACAAACUGAAAAAUCCUUUGAAGUUUUCUUGAAGGCUAAAAUGAUUACUUUUUUUUAACUUGAAUAUUUUAAUGCGUAGCUAGUAAAGCAUUUUAAAUCGAUCAAUUCUGUUUUUCUAAAGAGGAAACUGCCUUUUUUUUCUGGCGCAAAUUCAGUUAGUCAUGCCAUCCAUUUAGGUCUUAUUUAUAAUUUGAACUGAAUUAUAGUUGAUCCACAUCCAAGCAUUCGUAUGUGCAUUUCUUUUAUUUUUGCAGGGAUUCUGUAGCCAUAAUAAUCUUACUGUGAGACUUCUAUGAUUUUUCGGCUGAAUAAUUAAGAAGUUCCAAAAUAUAACGGGGGCAACUCGAAAAAAUUUAAAGUGUUUUGACUCUUGGUAAUAAAUGAAAUCAAACUGAGUCAUUUCUGAUGACAAACAGUACCACACAAACCUCAGCAAGAUGCUGAUGACGCACUUCUGUUGUGACCUGUUGCAAAAAGCAUGAAAAGGUCUUCCACGUACACACCUGACAUCAUUUUAAGCAUCCUUAAACAUGAUAAACUAGAUUUGUUUUGUCUUUGUGGUCUUCGUGGUAUUUUCUACUCACUGUCUUAAUCAUCUUGGCUGCUGUUCUUGGUUUGUUUAAAUUCUGCUGCUUUCUUUCUCUAAUAUUCUUAUUACCUCUCAGACUUUGGCACCGAUUCUCACAUUUCAGUUUCAGUUUACUUGCACUAAUUGACAACGCAGCUAUGGCAGAUGUUUUCAUUUUUAUCUCUUAAACUGGUGAUUAAAUUAACUCUUUUCGGUGUACACUCAGA